AUGGAGCCGAAACUCCAUGAGAUCGACCCAAAGGGGGAUACGCUCCUCAUUCUCCAUAACCCAGACGCUCCAUUUGCUGCACAAAAUUCUAGAUUCAGCGUACGCGGCGUACGGGCCGCUGUUAAGCCAGAGGUACGAAUGAGGCUCUCAUCGAGGCAUCUGACGCUGGCAUCUGCGUAUUUCGAAAAAAUGCUGGCAAAUGACUGGAAGGAGACAACACCCGAGGGCGACUACUCCUACGUCGUCAAAGCUGAGGACUGGGACGAAGAGGCACUACUUAUCAUGAUGAACAUCAUUCAUGGGCGAACAGCAAAGCUACCCAUGGCAAUGAACCUUGAGACUCUGGCCAAGAUUUGCGCCCUGGUUGAUUACUAUCAAUGCCACGAGGCGCUUAAGUUCUUUAACCAGCUUUGGCUCGGGCGCAUAGAUCGGCGCUCUUACACCGGAAGAGACUUGUUGCUAAGGCUCUCUGUUGCAUGUGUCUUUCCGGACCGUACCAAAUUCCAGAACCUGACGAUGAGUCUGAUAAAGGAGAGCAAAUGGCCGAUUGAGUCACUGGGCUUGCCCAUACCGCAAAGUGUGAUCGACGCACUGAAUAAACAAAGAGAACAUUACAUUUCUGCCAUUAUUACUGGCCUCAAAGAACUGAUCAAAGCCGAAUGCUCCGACAAUGGACGCAAGUGCUCGUUUGAGUGCUCCUCGGCCUUCAUAGGCGCUCUUAUCAAAGGCAUGGACAAGGCCAGAAUUUCUGAAGAAUACCUGUCGUUGCCGCCAUACACUGGCCACAGCCUAGAGUCCUUGCAGCAGGUGAUCCUCGGGUUCGCGGAGCCGUCUUGGAACAAAAUCUGCGUCAAUCGCAGAAACUCCAUGACCUACAAUUCCGCGUCGUUUUGCACUCUUGCUAACACAACAAAGCCGCUCGUCGAAGGGUAUAUCAACCAGGUAGUGGGGCUGGUGCUGAGGAAUUAUAUUACACACUCAGUUUGA